AUGCCGGCAGGGGACUCGAUCCCAACACCGCCCUCGAUCCCUUCCCCGAUCCCGAUCCCGGUCUCAGAAAGGCCCCCCGCCGCCCUCGAGCUCCCGGGAGCUGACAGCCCCCCGCAUGUUGCCAUAGCUUCCUUCCCAAAGCAGAGUAAGCUUGUGGAGCCCCACGACAGCUGCACAGCAGCAGCAUAUCAGCAACGCAGCACUGCAGCAACUGAGGUGAGAAGAAAUACAGUUGGUGCUGCGACGCCAGGCCAUGAGGGUCCGGUUGACGUGCGGCUCUCAGCAGAAGAUGUUAUGCAGAGCGAGUUAUAUGGCGAAGCGCCCUGCGGGGCCGCACGGGGGGGACGGCUGCUGCCGGGGCGCCGGAGGAUCCUUAGAGCAGCAGCAAAGCAGCUUGCUGCUGUGGAGCUACUGCAGGAGCAGCUGGAUGUCUCUGCUGUGGACAUCGACACCCACGGGCUGCCUCCACCCGAUGCAGCCGAUGGCAGCAGCACCGUCCAACAGCAGCAACAGCACCAGCUCCAGCACCAAGAGGAGCAAACCUUUGACACCUCGCCUCUAGCCUCAGAGGGCAGACACCUCGAAUUCCUGCGUCUCCACGCACUGCUGCAAGCCGCCGUCGGCGCAGAGCAGGACGUGGUCGUCGUGGGGUUGCAUCAGGUGGCGACGCAGCAUAGGCUCGCGUGGGCAGGAUGUGUUGCGGCAGCGUUUGCGGCUGCUGAGGGCGCGGCAGCCCGAGCAAUGCAGCGGCACCUGUGGGGGCCAGAGAGCUCAUGUGUUGCUGGUGGGAGCGCAGCAGCAGCAGCAGCAGCAGGAAUGAGUAGGAGGAGUUCCUCAACUCGCUAUGAACAGAUCGUACCGCUGGAUGCGUCUCCACACUACAACCAGCUCCUCCUGGUGUACGUACACCCCAGCCACCUGUCAAACAUAACGCUGUUGAGCAUAGCUAAGACGCGGCUUGGCUCGUUUUGCUGCCGCAGCCUCCAGCAAAACUACUGCCGGCCGUGGGGACUCAGCCCAGGAACGCAGAAGAGACUGCAGCAACAACGAGAGCAAUGGAAGCAACAGCUACAGCAACAACAGCAGCAGCAACAACAACGCAUGGAUUUCUUUUUCAACUUCACCCACUUCCUCGGCCUCUCAGAAUCGGCGGCCGACACACAGGCGGCAGCAGGAGCGCCAGCAGCAGAAACAGCUGCAGCAGAAGCAGCAGCAACAGCUGCAGAGACUGAACGGCCUCAGUCGCCCCCUAUACAUCUCAGGGGUCUCUCGCGUCGCCUAUGGCACCGGCAGCAGCGGUUACAGUGCCAGCGGCAGCAGGAUGGCAUCUGCUGUAGCAGGCGCUGUGCAGCCUUAGCACGUGGCUCCUCGAGCGCGCGUCCCAGCAGAAGCAGCAGCAGCAGCAGCAGCAGUUGUGGCUGUGAGGUGUUUCAAGAGGCUUUUGCGUACGGGGGAGUGGCGGCUCGCGUGCUCAUCGGUGCGACGCCUGUUGUCUUUGCCUGUGCGGAUGUCAAGCUAAAUGAAGAGGCCUUAGAGACCUGCAGUUCCCGCUGCUGCUGCAACUGCGGCCCGCAGCAGCCAGAGCACCCAGGCUCCGCCCACGCAGCAGCAGCAGCAGCAGCAGCAGCAGGGAGAACCACCAUGGAUUACACCGAACGGGAGGCUACUGCUGCUCAAGAGCAUAGGAAAGAGGAAGCAUGGCGGAAGGCGUUGACUAAGGCUGUGCAGCGCCAGCAGCUGCUCACCAUCUUAGCUGACCUUCGCUUCGAGACAGAUUCGGGCUGGGCCUCUGCCUUGGAGCUGAAGCCGCUACUGCUAUUGGGGGCGCAGCAGCAACUGGGGGCGCUCCAGGAUCGACAGCGGCGGUUGCAGCAACUGCAGCAACUCGAUAUCACCACAAAAGCGUCUGCCGGCUUUUUCUGCUGCCGGGUGCCCCAAAGGCCAGCAGGGCCGCAGCUCCUCAGUCUGCAGGAGACAGGCAGAAUGGCCCAGUGGAGACGGCCGGCUUGGACUUGGGGGGCCCUUAGGGAGGCCCGUAGGGGGGCCCCUAGAGGGGCCCCUAGAGGGUCCCCUGCGGGGGACCCUCAAGGGCUUCCCCAUGGAGUGUGUGGGGGUUCGAUUGCGCGGUUCUGGGUGCGUUGGAUGUCUUGUCGGUUGGUAGUGGAGAGGGUGGACGCGGAGCGCGUGAAGACCACCUGCAACGAACUGCGGCAAACGUUGAAGCAAGAAGGCCGGAGCCUCAGUAAACUCAUCAUCGAUCCCCCGCUGCUGCAGCUGCCUCCCAUCCGCCCCUUCGAACCCAUGGAGCUGAAAAUCAGUUUGUCUAACCCUCACGUGACGCUACCUACGGCCUAUUCCGUCUACUGCCUCUCAGACUCCGGUAAAGCCAUAGUCCCUCUGUCGCAUGUCUCCUAUUGGCACGGGGCCCUAUCGAGGAAGUGGCAGGGGGGACCGUUCUGGGAGGCGCAGUCUUUCCAAUCUCUCAGCAGCUGCGAGGCGGCAACGCGGCCUUCAGAGCCUCUGCAGCUGUCACUGCAGCGCGAGCAGCAGCAGCUGCUGCAGCGCGAGCAGCCCCAGCUGCUGCAGCUCGAGAAAGAGCGCAUCCAAGAGCAGACAGGAGAGAAGUCUCAUUCCCCGGACCCCCUCGCGCCUCCUGCUUCCACGUCCAGCGAUGACACCCAGCGAGGAGGCGAUGUACCUGCAGCAGCACCAGGAGCUACGGCAGCUGCAGCAGAUGCACCUGGAGAAGUGCAGCAACCGAUUCGUCUGGAGCGCUGGUUGUUGGUGGACUGGCCGCAGGGGUUUCUGAGGGGUGGGGAGACCCGCGUACUUUCGCUGGUGUUGAAUAUACAGGAGGGGAUUUAUAAGGCGCAGGAGUUGGCGUGUGGGGUUUUGGUGCUUCGCCUUGAGGAUUCCCGCCAGGACUUCUUCUUCUGUCUCGCUGCAUCCCUUAUCCCCUCCUUGUUAGGAGCAGAGCUGCAACCUCUCGCACUGCUGGGCGAUAAACCCUUACUGCCCCCGACAUCGCCCGAAGUUGCAGGGUCAGCACAAACACCAGCGCUAUCAGCAGAUACAGCAGAACCUGCAGCAGCAGAGCCGCCACAGAGGAAGCAAAGCGAAGAGAAAGGGGGACCAGACGUGCAGCAGGAGGCGCUGGAGAGCAACGAGGAGACUCGGGGUGAUGCUGAAGGAAAACACCCAAUGCUGCCGAUGCCCAAAGAACUCUGGUGGCUGCUGUCGCACCUGCACAGCCACACGCAAGCAGCAGCAGCAGCUGCUGCUGCUGAUGAUGAUGCUAUUGCAGCGGACUCACUGCGAAGACAAACGAACCGCAGCACGCCGAAACGACAGGACAACAGCCGUGGUGAUGACCGACAGUCGGCCCUGGGCCAGGCACUUGCAACAGAUAGCAGCAGCAGCAACAGCAACACGAGCGACAGUAGCAGCGACAGCGAGGAUGGCGACUUGAGCGGAGGUGCUUCCUGCUGCAGCACCUUCUGCGAGCAGCAGCAGCAGCAGCGGGGGCUGCGGGGACCGAAGAGUGGAGAAGGGCUGAUGAAAGAAGUUGUCCGAUUCCUCUCUGCUGCGGGAGGGGACAGCUUUACGUGGCCCUCCUUCUUCGCGGGUUCAGAUACCUUCAUGCAGCCGCAAAGGGUUUGCUUCGAGGCGCCCGCUGCUGCAGCCGCUGCACCUCCUGCUGCUCCUGAGGACGGUGACCGAGGCCCGAGCAGCUCCCGCAGUGUCGACGACAACACAGGCAGCAGCAGCAACAGCAGUAGCAGCCACACAAGCAGGAGACCGCAUAGCAGGAGAAGUUUGUUAAGCCGGAAGGACGAGCAUUGCCGUGCUUGCUGCAGGGGACCCCUACAGCGAGAGGUGGUGUUUUUGCGGGCUUGCAUAGAGCAGGGCGUUGAAAUACCCCCAGGUGUAUCGGUGGGGGCCGCGUUGGCGCUGUUGGAGUACUGGGGAAGAACGUGCUGCUUCUUCCCCAGCGAAUUCGCGGUGCAAGAUGUACAGACAGACGGAUUCCAUAUCCUGUGUCGCGCCGUGCUGCUUUCUUUGCCCCCAGUACACCGAAACGCCUUUAUAGCGAUUAUAUCCGCCCUCAAUGAGCUGCUGCACGCAGCAACGCGCUCCCAGGGGCCUGCCAGGCGAGCUGGGGGAACAAAUGUCCACCCUGCGGGCCCCUGCUCAGGAGAUCCGUGCUGCACAGGAGGGGCCCAUAGUGCUCACGGCUGCGGGGCCACACUAGCGGGUGCGGAGGCCUGGGACAGCUGUUGCCUUGACAAGGUGCAGGGCACUGAGGCGGAGGGAGAGGAAGGGGCUCUUAAGGUUGGUGAGAAGGGGGGUGGGCCCCCUCGGCGACCCCCGAGGGGGCCCCCGUGGCACGCGGGAUGCCUGGAGAGUGCCGGUGCUGCAGAGCUGCUGCGGCACGCGCUGCUUCUGUGGGCGGGGGUCUGGCUGCUGAAGAGCUGCCGGCCAGCUGUUCGGCAUGCGGUUUUGGGCCAUUUCAUUGCUCGCGUGUAA